UUUCGCAAUGUGGCGCACUGUCACUAUCGGCACCGCGUUACUCGCGGCAGCAGCGCUGCUGAUGGCAUCGCGCAACGCGCACAAACCCGCCGUCGCGAACAAAUCCUCGCUCCUCUCCCGGCGGCUGUCAACGACCGCUGAGCCAGCGUUUGAGCCGCUCUGCUCAGUCGACUGGAAGCGCUCCAAAUGCAUGCGCGGCGAGAAGGUCCUGCCGUGCCCCGAGAGGCCGCACUCGGGAGCGACGCCGAUCGGGACCGGGGCGUGGGAGCUGACCGAGACGUACACCUACUUUCUCGACCGCGGCCUCACCGCCGCCAUCGCCCACCUCGUUGACGGCGGCUCGGUCCUCGAGUUUGGCGCAGGCGAUUUCUUUUGAGACCAUUCCGUAGACACUUCAUCUCGCUACCACCACCACCACCCGCCACGCACUCGCCGCCGCGGCCGGUCCCUGCUGCGUGGUAGGUACAUCCCGGGAGGCAAACUCAGGGCGAGGGACUGCACGCCCACGACACGCCCACGACAUGUCCACGACACGUCCACCUCGCCGCAGGUUGCUGCGCUGACGCGAGGGCGCGGUGGCGGUAGAUGCGCACCACGCGCACCCGCGCGCACCCGCACAGUCGAGAGGAGACGGAUGGCGGCAGUCGGGGGAGGAGGCAUCGCCGGGUCUGAUGGCAGGGUCUGCUCUCACGGCCCAGUCU